CCGCGCGUAAAUCCAUCGUCGGCUUAGUUGCGGCGUGAACUCGAAAAGUGGUGGUGAUGUGCUUCAUGCAGGAGUGUACACACGGUGAAAUACGAACAGGGCGUGCUUAAUUUUUUGCAGAAUGGGUUAAGAUGUAAUUUUUCGCGUGUUUAACUGAUCACUAUGUUAUGGGAAUGAAGACGAGUGGGAAUGAGAUCUUAACAAGGCGUAACAAUGCCAUUUGUUCAGCGUGUUGUGGAGCCUAAAUUCCUCAGCCGGCGAUGUCUGCAUGGCGAAGAUGGUCAGCCUUUGAUUACAGAUUAUGAGCUGGAAGCCGUUACAAACAACACCUUAAGUAGUGCUCUGCGGCAAUUGGCGUCCCUUGUUGUGAUCGCUAAUGAUAUAUUUGAGGAUUUAGCCAAGCAACUUCAAAAUGUUGGCGAACGAUCUAGGAGGUUACGAAACCGCAUCGAGUCCGUCGAGGAAAAAGUCGUUGCAUUUGAUCCCAGGAAGGUGACAGUUCCUGAGAGCGACAUCUGCACGUUCAGCCUGAGGACUGAACACUUCUCGUCCUGCGAAGAUGCAGCGGCUACCAAGGAUCUGUUCGUGGUUAGGACGCGGCCAGAAUCCGUGCGGAGGUUAUAUGAGGCGGCGGCGAAGACGCCAGUCCACGUCAUGCGGCAGCUGGACAGGUACCGUCGCGACGGCCGUCGAAGUUCGCGCUACUUCCUCUGUACUCCUGUCCUGGGCGGUGAGCGCCGUAGCGUCGCUAAGAUAAAGCACAAGCCAGGCAUCGACAUAGAAACUCGAAUGCCUGCUGCUGUUAACGACCUGCGACGUUGGACAUCAGAGGAAGCUUUUGGUGACAUAACUGUAACCCCGGACUGUACAAGCCGUAUUGGUUUCUUUAUGGAUGCUGGAGUUCCUGAGGUCGGUGCAGAAGAUGACAAUAUAGAUUCCGGCACAGAUCACCGACUGCCGUCCCCCGAGGAACAAGUCCAGACUGUGGCAUUGCGGUUCCCCGCAGAACUUGUGGUCGUGGACGUGUCAGGACGCGCCUUCGACCGAAUGACCAGCUUCAGACGUUCACUGAUUCAUGUCCAGGUAGACGCAGAUGGCACGGUUAGAAGGCGCAGUGGCCGAAACAGGAAGCCACGUGGUCGACGAAGGAAUACUAUAGCGGGAACCGACCAACGCGAACUUGAGGAAGCAGUCACGGGGGAUGCCCCAAGUGGAAGUGCGGGUGUACCAGAUAUUAGUGCGGACUCUGUCUCUGUGAUGCGUAGUGCAAGCAGCGACCUUCUCCGUUCUAAAGAUGAUUCUCCACUGGAUGGCAAGAAAUCCCAUUUCAAUACACUGAAACAGUGGGGCAAGGUGAAAUUAAAAUUGAUACGUAGUGUCAGCGGAGAAUCUAGUAAAGCCUUACCAGACGAAACAAACAUUUAUGAAACAGUUAUUGCUAAAGGAAAGAAGGGAGAGACAAAACAUGAAAAGAAGCAAUCAUCUGUUGGAACAAAUAUUCCCAUUUCUACUUCCUCUGGGGCUAUGAAUAUGGCUGUUAAAUUACGUGAUAGUUCGGUACGAAGGCGUGCACUCACGAAUGGUAAAGAAGAUCCUCUUCAUUCAUCAUCUGGAAACUGGAGUGCAAGUUCAGAAAGUGGUCGAGCUUCAAUUGGUUCUGAAAAUACUGCUACAACACAUCAGCCAAAAUCAACGACUACCCUCUCUUCGGCUGCUACGUCCAGCAAUUCUCUGAGUCACCAUCAAGCGCCUUCCUCUUCUGCUGGCAGCCGCCGGAAAUUCCUCAAUACUUCUGCUUCUUCCUCUAUUAGUGAAGGGACCCUGACACCUGAUAUUAUGUCAGACCUUGUGGCUCCUUUCCCAGAUGAUGGUGAGACAAGUUCCAUUUACUCCUGUGACACUGAGGGUUACUACACUUCCUUUCAUAUGGAUAGUGGCCUCAAAACUCUUAAAGAAGAAGAAUCUUUGUCACCCCAGACACCUCUUCAUUCCACCAUGGCUCUUUCUACAUCACCAGGACGAAGUAACACUACACUAACAGCCGAGAAUGAAUAUGAACUAUUUGGGAAAGGAUCUACAAGCACAACAACAAGCUCUGCUGGGACGGUGUGCACCACACUGUUGGUAGGUAAUGACAACAGCAUGUCAGUUGCUCCAGCUCCUGCAGUACCUGAGCGAAAGAGUUCUUUGGAGGGGAAAGAAGGAAAAAGUAGUCAGAUGGUCGUGGCUGUGAUUCACAAACAACAAAGUGAAAUUCCAUCAGAGUCACCGGAUAGUGGUCAUAACACAUCAAGCUCACCUGUUGAUUCUACAAACAGCCCACCUGGAACUCUAACUGGAAGGAGUUCUGAAUAUGAGUUCUCUGAAUCCGAUUUGGAAGGCGUUGAUAGGAUAGAGAGGAUUAGAGUUAAGACAACCAUAAAUUCAAGUCGCAUUCCAUCUAUGUGUGUCAUUACCCCUCCUCAGUCAGAUGAUGAAACAUGCCAAUAUGUGCCUUCUUAUUAUAACACGAAAUAUGGUUCUCAGACACUGCCUUCACAAAGUUCAAAUGGGAACACUAGGAGCUACCAAUUAACAGAGAGAAGAGAUAACAAACACCACCUCAAUCUGGAAAUGACCUCACCACAACAGAGCAGAUCCUCAUUCUAUAAUUCACUUCCAAGAGCAUUUGAGAAACAGCUUAGUACAGAUUCAGACCAUUCGAGUGAGACUGAACCUUCGAGGAUAAGGAGUCGUAGUGCAUGUAGAGCACCCACACCCAUGGAUUAUAAAGUAGAGAGGUCUGCUUCAGCGAAGACUCGAAUGCAUGGCUUAUCACCUAGUCCAACAAGAAAGGCACUACUUUCAAAUGAUGCUCAAAAGUCAAACACUCAGCAACAAAAGACAGCACCUACAUUUAGGUCCUCCCUCCAGCCUUUCAAUAACAUGAUAGACAAAGUAAAAUAUGUCAUCUCUUCAGCUGGUAGUAGUAGAAAGGGGUCAAAGUCAUCAGCAGGAGAAGAAAGUGACAAUUCACCAACAGAGUCUAAAAUAUCACCUCCUGCAGAUGCUGGUGACUAUGUGACCAUUGCUGAUGUUCGUAACAACACCAGAAAUGAAAUAUCACGCCAAGUUCAAACUGGGAAUGUUUAUUCGAAUACUGGUGCUGUGAGAACCCCAUUGUCUCCACAAGAGAACAUGGAAUAUGUUUCAUUGAAUGAGCUUCCUGGUAAAGUAAGGACUUCAUCACCACCAGGAAAUGUUUUAGUAUCACCUUCAGAUUCACUUGAGCGUAACAAACGUCAGGGAGCAAGAGUGACAUUAGAUUCUGAGGGUAAAGUUGUUUACUUUUCUGAUAGCCUUCGCAGAAACAAAGGUGCUCAUACAACCUUCGAACCAGGUCCUUACGUAAAGGACCCUACAAUUGGAACACCAGUUGGCAGUCCAGUUCCAGCGCACAGAGUUCCUAAAUCCAAUAUCCGUCCAGUUGCAAUAUCAAACCAGCAAGGCCGUAAUUCUCCUUACCUUGUAGGAGGCACAGUUGAUGUUCUCAGCUCUCCAGUGUCCCAAAGGGGCAGGCCCCUGUCACCACGACAACAGAUCUCACCCACACAAGGCAUACCAACAUCACCAACUUCCCCACAGCUUGGAAAGGUUAUAAUCAAGGCAGGAAGUAAAACUACACCAAUGACAAGAGUAGCAUCUCCACCUUUAGCUGUAGCUUCCCGUCCAAUGUCCCCGAAGCCUUCUUCAGCAAUGGCAAGUGGUCGUGGGGCGUAUGUUCAUAUGCAGUCAGCGCAUCAAAGAUGUGUGAGUCCACCAGGGGGAAGAUCAAUAGCUCUGCCUGCAACCUCACCCGCAGAGGACGACGAAGGUAAGAUCCCGCCUUGUCCUGCUAACCCGAAACUCGUCGCCUCAUACUUGCAGCGCACCAAUCCUGCCCUCUACAACCGCAUCAGUGAGCAACAGACUUCUUGCAACCUCAAUCCAACCAAGAUAAAACGAAGUGACAGUUACCGGAUGGCUAACUCACCACUCAUGCAAGCAAGGAAGCUGACCAAUAUUGAGAUUGCUGCAGCAAAUAUGAAUAAUAACCCCAAUACCAAAAUAACCUUCAAGGCUGAUACAAACCUUGAUUCCAUGAAGGAGAAUAAAGUUAUUGGCUGUGGCAAUGACAAGAAUAACCCAAUUUCAGAACGAAACAUGGGCAAUACAAGAUCAGACUCUUGGAAAGUCAAACAUGGUGGUGAUAGUGGCAGAGUUGAAUCAGGUCAGGCAAAGGAUGUAACCCUGGCCAAGACAGUGAUCAAUCCUAAUCUCCUUGGACGGAAGUUCUAUGGGCCGCAGAUAAAAGUAGACCCAAACCUAUUCUCUGCCACUGCUACUCCGCCUGUAACUGUACCACAAGACACUGAGCAUGCACGAGCGCUCAACAAUGCAGGACCAUUUUUGGACAAUGAUUCUCUGCAUCAGAAGCCACCAAGGUAUGUCAGUCCGCCACCAGCAUGGCAACCACCUUGGUCUCCUGUGCACCACAGCAGUGCAGGUACAAGAUCAGCAGAAUUGCAAGGUCCACAGGCAUUCUGGACAUUACCGGCAAGGAGAUCUCAGUACCAAGAGACUGACAGUAAUAAGUCAGUGAACGGACAAGAAUUGUAUGCCAGUUAUCAACAUAACAAACGGUUCAACACCAUAGCAACGACUAAAAGUGUUGAAAACAUAAAUUGGAAACAGUUGUAUGCUUGCUGUGAUGACAGGCCACAGUCAGCAAUUAAAAGUAAUUGUGAAGUUCCUUCUGCGUCUGUUGGUGCUUACCAGUCUAGUCAGAAUGAUAAUUCCUUUCAUCAUGGUCAGAAUGUGGUUCACCAAAAUUAUGGGUUUGUCAAAGGUCCAAUGUAUUCACAGCUGCGACCAAAGUAUCCAACUCCUGCCAGCAUUCCAAAUGUACCCACUGAUAAAAGGGCAUAUAUGCAGAGCCACAAUGGAGUAACUUACAAUGCAAAUUAUAAAACUCAUGUUCCAUUAUGGCAAAGUGCCCAGAAUGGCUUCUAUUCAUCUACACCUACAAAAGAUAGGAUGGGAUCACUCUUACAGAAUGACUCUACAGUGUCUUUUGGGACAGUACUUUCACCCAUUGAAAAGUAUUCUCAGAAGGAAGAAAUAGCCAGGCAAUUUCCAAGAACCAGUGGGAGUAGAUCUAAUGCAACAGUCACCAAAUUAUCUCAUGAAGGUAGGAGUGAUGCACAAAAACUUGUUUGUGCACCUAAGACAUCAAUGACAUCAGAAGAGAUCUUUGCUGCUAUCCAUAAAUCAAAGAAACGGCUUAAUAUUAAAACAGAUUCUGAUAGCUACAGCCGCAGUGGUUCACCAUCAUGUUCUUCACUGACUAGUCUUUCGCCUGGAAGCUCAGAGUCAUCUGUCCAUGGCAUUGGAAGGAGCACUACACCUGUUAAAGGAGGUCCAGAGACUGGUUCUUUUGAUGGUGACAAUACGAUUGGAAGCAGACAUAGCUGGUCUCCAAACUCAGGAGAAUACUUUGAUUUCUAUAGUCGUUUUGAACGUCGAACUCCUUCCCCAGUAAAAUCCCCUGGUUCAAGGCAAAGCUGGGCAAGUGAUAGGUUAGGCCCUCAGCAACAAACUUCUAGGAAUGACUUCAAACGCUUGUUACUACAGCAGGGAACAGCAGGAUCUGGCAACUCAGUUGGAAGGAUAUCAGCAGUGGAACAGCUGAGGUUGACAAAACAGCAAAAACCAGGAGGUCCUUCUUCAAAUGGUACAGUUAAUAACAGUUACUUUCCAAGAAGUCCUGCAGAAAAACGAACAGGUACUUCCAAACUUCUUCAGUCUCCACGUUCCAAUACAAUGUGGAGAUUUACUUCACCCAGAACAGAUGUUCUUUCCUCCACAAUACUGGAAGAUUGUGCAGAGGAAGAGAAUGCAUCUAGUUCCCCUCAACACUCCCCAGCUACUCCACAUACAAAUCAACUACAACCAACAUCAGUUGGUGAUGGAAGUUCUUCAGUACGAAGACCAUUGAAUUUAUCUUUUGACAAUAAUGCUAGACAUUAUUCUAGCAAACAAGAGAAGCCUCUUACAUCACAACAGAAUUCAAGGGAAUCAUCUCCAAAAAGCCUUACCAGUAAUUCAGCUUCAAAGAAGGUCCCAACUUCAGAGACAAAUACAACACCCAAAAAUAUCUAUUCAUCAAAAGUAAGCCACCAUAAAAAUGGUGGCCUGCUGUCCUCAGAAUUGUUGUCUCCAUCAAAUGUGAAGGAGAAUGUAAACACCAAUUUGCAACCCCAAAAUGUGAGUACAAAUUCAGGUGAUAAAGUUACACCAAGUGGUGCAGCAGCUAACAGUGUAAUGAGUCUUAGGAACCAUCAGCCAAUUGCUCAGGUGAUUCUGCAAUCUCCUUCACCUCGAAUCAAUAUGCUUCUUGCCAAACAGAAAGGACAUCAGUACUCCAGUCAUGGAACUACUGCUAGGUCCAUCCUUGGUUCUCUGACAGCUUCAAAGUCUCCACCUAAAGCAGCUCUUGAAACUGCUCUGUAAACUAUGUUAAUUUGUUAGGAAUAAGAGUGUGGAACUCUGAUGAAAUUAGUCUCCAGCUGAAAGCACUGACCAUUUUCAUACUUCGGUUAAAAAUGGAGGUUUGUUGGAACACAAAGUGUUUGAAUAAUUAAGCAGUCUUGUAAGUUUGAAAUUUUUGAAGCUCAUUAAGGUCCAUAUUUUUCAGAUUUUCAUUGUGUUUUGAAAUUUAUAAUAUGAUUUGGACAGACAGUUUUGUUCAGCACAUUCCAAAUUCAAAACAAAUUUGAUCUUUCAUUUAUUGUCACAUAUUUUAUAAACAUAUUCUUCAGUGUUGAGAAUUAAAAUAGCAUUUCAAUUUUAGAUGAUGAAACAACUUUUCAGGUAGUAAAUCUAAAAUUGUAUUAUUUUGGAUAAAUUAAAAUACAAACAUCUGAGGUUUACUUGUUGACCUGUAAGUAUAUACAGUGUAAAAUUUUAUGGGUAAUUAUGUGUAGCAUUGAAAGGAAGUUGGUUGUUUUGGAAGAAUGUACUAUCUUUUCCCUGGAAAUUUUCAGUAGCUUCUUCCAGUACUGUACAUGCAGCAUUACAAUCUAGAACAAUCUGAUUGCUUUGAGGAGCAUUCAACUGGUGAAAAACUUUCCUGCUUUCAUGGACACUGAAAGUUUUUUUACCUGUUCACAUGACCCUGCCACUACAACCAAAAUUAAAUUUACAAACUUUUAUAAACUAAAUUAUCAAACUGGAAUUCAACAUAAGUCAAUCAAGAUUGAAAUGUUUUAAAGCCAGAAUAUGGGAUCAGACAUUGGAUUAUGAGGUUAAUAUAUUCAUGCCACUUGUAUAAGGCAAUGAUAGUGUUAUCCUUCCUGUCUUCCUAUCAUUAUUCUUUCCAUUCACUAUGUUUCCAUUGGCACAUUGCGAUUUUCACUGAAAAGGACAGCAGAAAUGCAAUACAAUUUCCAAAAUCAUUCCUUUUGAUUUUUUGUCAGUGUUUAUGACUAUGAUCUAGCAGUCAAGGGGUUGAGCUACUCUUUGGACCUGUUCCAGCUUCAGUUGUCCAAAAGUCUCUUUUGAGUUCUGCCUGUUUAUUAAACUGUGUAAGUUGUAUGUUAGUUUUGGAAGUCUAUCCUUUAAUACUGUCAAGAUGUUGAAGUCAUCAGGUUUUACAUUUCAACAUUUUGUCCGAUACAAGUUCAGUUUUAGAAGUGUAUGUUUCUUUUCUUAUGAAUUUCAUUUCAGUGGGUAUAAUUCUUGUCUUGUCUUUAAUUUUUCAUUAUGCAGUUUUUCCUCCCGUAAGUGUUUAAUAAAGCUAGGGUGUUUGUUAAAUGGGGUUUAUAAGGCUUGUAACUUGCAAAAGUUAUAAAUGUUAGCUUGCAUGUCUUAUCUUUCUUCAUGUUUGGAUGUUCAUUUAUUGCAAAGAGAAAUCUGUUGUUGACAGACAUUAUUAAUAUUAAAAUGCUAUACUGAUUAUAGCCAUAAAUUUAUUAAUGAAGAGCCAAUCAGCAGAAAAGUUAGUACACUAUAUAGAAGCAUAAAUUAUUUGUCCUUGCAUUUUGAUUAAUUUAUACCAAUGUCUGAAAUAAAAUUUAUGGAUCCUGUUUUUAUUUCAUGUACUCACUUUAUGUAUAAUGGUCUGUUUAUGAGAAGUGUAAUGUUUUAUAUAACCUUCAUGUAAUGUGGGAAUUAUAGUCAGCUGACCACAAUUAAAUUCAUUUUACAUCUCUUAUAUCAGAAACUUGAACUAAAUGUAACCAAAAUUUGCUAGUUAAGUAAUUUAGGAGAGGAAGCAUGCAAAUGGGCAGUCAAACAUAAUCCUUUUAUUGUGUGUUCAGUUUAUGCACUUAGUGCAAAUAAUAACUAUAAUAAAUUAUUUCAGGGUUAAAUGUUGUACACAUUUUAUUAACUGGAACUCAUUGCUGAUCCUGCUUUUGGGUGCUGGCACCAAGUGGACAUGGGCUGUGUUGCUGAUGUUUCAGAGGACCAUACUGCAACAUUGCCAACCCCUUUCCACAUGGUUCCAGCACCCAAAAGCAGGAUCAACAUUAACGACAAGUUACUGUGAAAGCUUUAAAUCAGUUACUGCAACUCUGUGUUUAUUUUCAACCAUGCUUAUUAAAUCCAAACCCGAACUUAGGUUUAUUUGAAAUAUUAUAAUCCAACUAUACACAAGUUUCACUUUGUCUUGUGUUCAGUUAACUUGUGACAACAAGUUUCGGGUUAUAAACCCAUCUUAAGGUAAUAAAUACCUUUUAUAUAUUUCUACACUGCUAUAAGCCACUGAGAUUAUAAUAGUCUAAAAUGGACAUUAAAGUCACUUAAAAUAUAUCUUACACCACUUCAUUUUGGUUGAAUAUUUAAGAACAGUUUCUGAAAAUUUUGGUCGAGAUAAUACUCUCAUGCCAUUUGGUUUCAUUUUCUUAUAUAUUACAUUUGUUUUUAAAAGAGGUGCUCAUUUUUCUGCUACAGGAAAAUAUUGUUACAAAUAAAUGGAUUCUGAAGAGGUAACUUGGGGAGUUGCAUUACGGAUUCAAACGUGUAGUAACAUUAAAUUGACAGAAAAUGUUAUUUCUUAUGACACUCUUGCCCUUCAUACUCUCUGAGAGUUUAAAACUGAAAGAUAUUUCUGAAGUAUUUUGUUUGUUUGUAAAUAGUGUAGUUACGUAGUCUAGUCCGAUCUGCAGCCAUAUUGUACACAAACUGGAAGUUCACUUUUAUGACAUUCCUACAAUAUUGUUGUGAUUGAAAGCUAUUUAAUUUAAUCUGCAGUACUUGUUUCAAGCAAUAAUUUUAUUGUUUACAAGUAUCAUAUGGUACAACUUUACCACAACAUACAGCUUUAAUUAUAUUAAGAGGCUGUGUAUUGAGAUCCUGGCAUACUGGAGUAGUCUUCUUAACUCUACAAAAUUAGCGAUUAUUAAUGGAAGACACUUGUUGGAUUGGUUUGUAUGCCUUUUUAAUUAAACCUUCACAAGUAUAAAAAAUCAAUAAACAUCAAGAGAAACAUCUCGUGGCAAGAAAUUUGAGAGAGGUUGACAAGUAAUGAUUUUAAUAAAGGAGGUGGUCAGUCAGAACCCUGAGAACUUCAGGACCCUCAGAGUCACCACUUGCAACAUGUUACUAGAACUAUGAAAACUGUUUUAUUCUCAUAUGUUUGUGUCUGCAUUUAUCUGCCAUAUAUUAGGUAUUGAGUCACUUUUUGUGUACAGCUGUAAAAUUGUAUUCAGGAGGCCUGGAAGCUAGCUAUCCUGACUUGAGGUUUUUCUUGGUUAUAUUCAGUCCCUCCAGGCAUAUGCCAGGAUAGUACUUUGAAUCAGGCUAUGACCACUUCCCUCCAUCUCAUUCCAAUUCAUUAAUCAUAUUAUCAUUUGAUGCUAUGUACUCUGAGCUACUGACAGCACCGUUAAAUAGACCAUAAAUAAAAUAAAAUCUAUGAAAGAAUCUUUAAGCUUUGUGUAAUUUUGGUGGGUUUUCUUUGCCACAAGAGAGAGUUGUUGGACAUGUUUCAGUUUCAAGGCAUUUGUGUUAUGUUACAACUUUAAAAGAUAAAGACAUGUAAAAUGAAGUUUACCAUUUGUAAACCUAUGCUGAAGAAUGUACUGUUUACUUUUCGUAUUUAUGAUAUAAAAGGUAUUGCAAAGUUGCUUUAUUGAAAUUGCAUUUAAUGGUUCAUAAAUAUUAAUAUAUUCAUGACAAAGAAACAAAAUAUAACAUCAUGGGUAAGUAAAGGCCUUUGACUUACAAAAUUGUUUUUAUACUCUUAAUACAUAUUUAUUAAAAAGAAAAUAAAGAGGAUGUAAAUCUG